AUCCUCGUGACUGGGUGGGGUUACCUCACUUCUGCUAGACUUGGGAAGCGCUGUCAGGACAACCGGCUGGGGUCCGUGCGCACCGCGGCUCAGGGAGAAGCACUGACUGCACCGCUCUUUGGAGAGAGGGUGUGAUACCAUGUGGAAGGUGAUUGUUUUGCUGGUCCUGUUGACGCCUGGCUCCUGUGAUGGGCUGCUGGGCUCCCUAUACAGAAGUGUUCCCAUGCCACCUAAGGGAGAUGGAGGACAGCCAUUAUUUCUUACCCCUUACAUUGAAGCUGGGAGUAUCAAGAAAGGAAAAGAAUUGAGUUUCGUCAGUCCUUUCCCAGGAUGGAACAUGAACAGUUACGCCGGUUUCCUCACGGUGAAUAAGACUUACAACAGCAAUCUCUUCAUCUGGUUCUUCCCGGCUCAGAUACAGCCAGAAGAUGCCCCAGUAGUUCUCUGGCUACAGGGCGGGCCGGGAAGCUCAUCCCUGUUUGGACUCUUUGUGGAACACGGGCCUUACGUUGUCACAAAGAACAUGACCAUGCAGUACAGAGACUUCCCCUGGACCACCACGCUCUCCAUGCUUUACAUUGACAAUCCAGUGGGCUCAGGCUUCAGUUUUACUGAUGAUACCCAUGGAUAUGCAGUCAAUGAGGAUGACGUAGCACGGGAUUUAUACAGUGCACUAAUUCAGUUUUUCCAAAUAUUUCCUGAAUUUCAAGAUAACGACUUUUAUGUCACUGGGGAGUCUUAUGCAGGGAAAUACGUGCCAGCCAUUGCGCACCUCAUCCAUUCCCUCAACCCUGUGAGGGAGCUGAAGAUCAACCUGAAAGGAAUUGCUAUUGGAGACGGAUAUUUUGAUCCUGAAUCGGUUAUAGGGGGAUACGCAGCAUUCCUCUACCAAAUUGGCUUGUUGGAUGAGAGGCAAAAAAAGUACUUCCAGAAGCAGUGCCAUGAAUGCGUAGAACACAUCAGGAAGCAGAACUGGGUUCAGGCCUUUGAAAUAAUGGAUAAACUAUUCGAUGGCGCCUUUACAAGUGAUCCUUCUUACUUCCAGAAUGUUACAGGAUGUACUAGUUACUAUAACAUUUUACAGUGCACGCAACCUGAGGACCAGCUUUACUAUGAGAAAUUUUUGUCACUCCCAGAAGUGAGACAAGCCAUCCACGUGGGAAAUCGGACUUUUAAUGAUGGAACUGUAGUUCAGAAGUACUUGCAAGAAGAUACAGUACAGUCAGUUAAGCCAUGGUUAACUCAAAUCAUGAAUAAUUAUAAGGUUCUGAUCUACAAUGGCCAACUGGACAUCAUUGUGCCAGCCGCUCUGACAGAGCGCUCCUUGAUGGGCAUGGACUGGAAAGGAUCCCAGGAAUACAAGGAGGCAGAAAGAAAAGUUUGGAAGAUCUUUAAAUCUGACAAUGAAGUGGCUGGUUACGUCCGGCAAGUGGGUGACUUCCAUCAGGUAAUUGUUCGAGGUGGAGGACACCUUUUACCCUAUGACCAGCCUCUGAGAGCUUUUGACAUGAUUAAUCGAUUCAUUUAUGGAAGAGGAUGGGAUCCUUAUGAUGGAUAAACUACCUUCCCAAAAGAGAACAUCAGAGGUUUUAAUUGCUGAAAAGAAAAUUGUUAAAUCAGAAAAUGUCAUAGAAAUAAGAAAAUUACCUUUUCAUAUCUGCAGCAAUAAAAAUUAUCCUUGAAACAA